GCCCACAGAAAGCGUACUUCCUCAGCGAGCAACAUGAGGACUGCAACCGUAGUCGUCUUGUCGCUGUUGGCUGCCCUGGCGGUGGUCACGGCAGUACCGCACAGUGAGCCCGACAAGGAAUUUCUGGAAAAACAGAGCAAGCUUAUAAGGCUCUUCUAUCAUGUCCAACAGCCGACAAUUAUCAAAGAAGAACAGGAAAUAGCAAAGUCCUACAAGCCAAUUGAGAAUCUCGACAACUACCAGUACAAGGACAUAGUCGAAGUCUUCUGGAAGUACUAUGUAGACUAUGGCUUCCUGCCACGAGGAGAAGUGUUCUCGAUCUACUACGAGAAAAACUUCUACCAGGCAAAAGCCUUGUUUGAGCUGUUCUACUAUGCCAAAGACUUUGAUACCUUCUACAAGACGGCUGUUUGGGCGAAAGAACACCUGAACCAAGGACUAUUCGUCUACUCAUUCACUAUCGCUGUGUUGCAUCGCGAGGAUACCAAGUACGUCACCCUACCAGCUCCCUACGAGAUCUACCCGCAGCUCUUCGUCAACGCAGAGGUCAUCCAGAAGGCAUAUGACGCCCGUCUGCGAGAUGUGGAGAGCUCUAGGAAGGAACCUUACGUCUUCUACGCCAACUACAGUGGCUUCCCCGUUGCCAACAACCCAGAGGAGCUGGUGUCGUACUUUACCGAGGAUGUCGGUCUGAACUCCUUCUUCGCCUACCUCCACUACAAGAGUCCGUUUUGGCUGAACCCGAGCAACUACAGCAUCCCCGUGUUCAAGCACCGCGGCGCCGGUUUCUUCUUCCUGCUCCAGCAGCUGCUGGCCCGUUACUACCUGGAGAGGCUGUCCAACAACCUGCCCGACGUUAAGCCCAUCGACUACACCCGCCCCGUGCAGGUGGGCUACUACCCAGAACUCAGGCUUCAGAACGGAAUUGAGGCUCCCAUCCGCCCUGAAGGUGUGUACCCUUACAACUUCGACUCGCUGUUCGUGGAGCGCAUCCAGAACUACGAGAGAAGGAUCAGGGACGCUAUUGACAUUGGCUACGUAUACGGCCAUGACUUCGAGAAAUUCAACCUGAAGGAGAAAGAUGUGACCGACAUCAUUGGAAACAUUAUAGAGGGCAAUGCUCAAUCUGUCAACUACGAGUUCUACGGCUCUAUCUACAGGUACAUCAUCUCUCUCUUCGGCCACAUCGCUGAUCCGUUCCACAAAUACGGCACACCCGCCAGCGUACUCGAACAGCCAGAAACACAGCUGAGAGACCCGGUGUACUACAGAAUUGCCAAGCGAAUCCUUUCAUUCUUCUACCAGUACAAGAACAAACUUCCACCUUACACCAGGAGCGAGCUGGAGCUGCCAGGUGUUGCCAUUGAGAGCAUCUCCUUCGACAAGCUUGUCACUUACUUCGACAACUUUGACAUCGAAUUAAACAACGCCCUGUCAUUCGACGAGCCCGAAGAAGGCGACAAAUUCAACUUCGUGGCUCGCCAGUACCGCCUGAACCACAAGCCUUUCUACUACCAGCUUAAGGUGAAGAGCGACAAGGAGAUCGACUCUGUGGUGCGAGUUUUCAUUGGUCCCAAGUACGACGCGUAUGGCCGCGAACUGACAUUGGAGGAGAGGAGGCCAUAUUACUUCUUGCUGGACGAGUUCAACCAGAAACUGGCCGCUGGUGAGAACGAAAUCAGGCGCAGCUCCAAGGAGUUCCCGCUGUUCGCCAAGGAGGCUCCACGCCACUCGGACCUAUACUACUCAACCGUGGGCGCCAUCAAGGGCGAGAACAAGUUCUUCCUGGACGAGUUCCGCUCGCACUUCGGCUUCCCGCAGCGGCUGGCGCUGCCUCGCGGAACCCGCAGUGGGCUGCCACUGAGCGUCUUCGCCAUCGUCACCCCCGCCGUGCAGGGCUCCGAACACCCCUUCCUGCCCUACGGCGACAAUCAGGCCGGUGGGUUCCCGUUCGACAGGCGAGUCGUCGCGUACGAGUUCGACGUACCCAACGUGUACUCCUCCGAGACGUUCGUCGUGCACCGCCGCGUGGAGGACAUCAACAGCACCGCCUGAGCUGCCACCACCUUCUCUGUCGCAUCACCAUCGCCUUGACAGCACUGUUUGUCGAAACCCAUCUGCUCUCUCAUGUGUCAUCACUUACGAAAAAUAAAGAACAAUUGCUUUAA